UUGUAAGUUCCAAAAAAAAAAAAAAAAAAGAAAAGGGGAUUAAUUGAACAGAAAUACUUCAUUUAUCUUGUAGGUCUAUUGGACUUUAUUGAAGUGAUGAUACUGGAAGCACAACGAACACGGGAAAAUAUGAGUCAGAAUCAACAACGAUUACCAUCACCACCACCACCAUCAUCAUCAAGUUUGGAGCAAAACAAGAGUUUGCCACCAUUUGAUAUUCCUUUCUUACUUUAUACACUACAAACAAUACUAUCAAAAUCGGAUCAUACUAUCACUUUACUUCGUGCGCUCACUUUUACCUAUACCCACUUUGACUUUUUGGUUUCUGAUACAGAACGGAUGGAUCUUUUGUGCAACCGCAUUUUAUUAGCCACACCUAUUUUCGAAAGACUAUUCUUACAUUGGAGUCGAAACGUCCGUAUCUUUUUCCUUCGAUGCUUGGUAUGGCGCUUGGGCCGCAUUUGGACAAAGGCGCAUAUUCAGUGGUCACCUAUGACUCGAUUACUAUCAUCAUCAACAAUUAUGUCUACAAUACCAUCAAAAUCCAUCGACGCUGGUUCUACUACUACGACUGCUGCUAUUAUGGAUGAUACUGUUUCAAAUACAACGGAAACAUUAUGCAACGGUAACAAUUGUUGGAAGGCUUUGUAUCAACAUCAUGAUGUGAAGGAUGUCAAUCGGCUUGAUAAUCACCGAUGUUCAAUUCAAGUACACAUAUUGUUGGAAACCAUGCUGAAUUCGUUUCAAAGGCGAUAUUUGGAAUUGACCAAUCAAGUUACACCAGAUUCUCCAGUUGUCUUAUCCAACAGCCCUAGCGUCAUUUUAUCUGAUCAUGACCUUGUUCAUUCUAACGCAUACCCGGCAAACUCUUUGACAAUUUCACAUACCGUUGAAAAGGAAGAAGAAAAACAAUUACAGCACCAACAAAAACAAAAACAACCAGCAAUGAUCAAAAUACGUCGACGAAACUCCUCAUUCAAAAAAAAUCACUUAUUUGUUCGACCUAUCACUGCAGCAAAUAAGGAAAAAUGGAAGAAAUUAUUUCAGUUUGGUUCAUCUGCUUCUGUCUUUGGGAACAACACUAUCAAUCAUUCUUCUGGCACUAGAAUUAUACCCCACAAAUCUCAAAAAGUCGAUGACAAGACGAAGUAUGGUCAUGGUUUCUUUUACACCCUUCCAAGCAAACACAAUCUUCUCUCCUUGACAAAUCACACCAAUAAUAAGGUACCAACAAUAGCAGACAAUACAAUGGAUGGUAUCAAGAGCAUCAGUGCAAUACAUUCAUUAGUUACUACACCACCCAUGGAAAAAGGCAAUGUUGAAUGUAAUGAAAAAGAUAAUGGUGACAGCGACGAUGACAAUGAUGAUGAUGACAACGAUGACGAUGACAAUGAUGAUGAUGAGGGUACAAUUGACACUUCACCUCCAUCAUCUUCUUUUAUGCCAUUAUCUACAACAUUUAUACAAACGGCAAGAACAUGGAAAUAUAUGAAAACAAGACAAGUAUACGCGGAUAAAACAUUGGAAGAGUUGAAAGUUGUUCUUCAUGAAUAUUCUCUAUGGUUGGAAAAGAAAACUAGCAUCAAGGGAUCUGUGAAUAAGGAUGAUGAUCAUAUCAUAGCAACAACGACUUUUUUGGUGUCAUCGACUGAUCAGCAAACCAGACGAAUGGCUAUACCUGGAUUGAUCUUGGAUUGGCCUAGAAAUUGGACUAUUUCUCAAAUGUAGUAUUAUUUAGUGGUUUGAUUCUUUUAUUAAUUAUAUUCUCUCAUUUUAUUUUAUUUACAAUGUUCUGUUUGAAGUACAAAAAAAAAAAAAAUAAAGUUGAUUAUUUAGUUUUAUC